CGAGUAGAUAUCUGUGGAUAAAUUGCUUUGCAAUUUUUGUGUCUGUUACUGGAUUAGUACUAUUUGCUUUGCUUAUUGGAAAUAUGCAGCAUUGUAUGCAAUCAUCGGAGGACAAGAAUGUGGCAACUGAUAAGGUGCAAAUGAAAGAGCAAGAACUACAAGAAUGGAUGGACAAAAAUGGUCUCCCUGAGAAGUUGGGCAAAGACGCAGAUCAGAAGCUGAGGAUAGAGAUCAUGACAAAGAUAGCAGAAAAUCUGAAAGAGGACCAAAAUGCUCAAGUACAAAAUCUGUUCUCUCUUCUUCCCUGGAAUACCGUAAAAGAUCUCAAACUUUCAAUCUGCAUGAGUAUGCUAAAGAAAGUACGAAGGCUCAAACAUAUGGAUGAAAGAGGAUUGAGACUGAUCUGUCAGUAUCUCAAGCCAGUGACCUACACUGAGAAAAAAAUUGCUUUUCGAAUGGGAGAACCACUUGAUAGCAUGCUCUUUAUCAUGGAAGGUAUUAUGUUGAUCUACCCGACUAGUACUACUACUGCUGCUGCUGCCGUCGCCAACACUACAACUGAUUAUGAAGUUGGAAGAGCAAAUAUAGGUUCCUCAUCGACAAUCCGGUGCUCCCUUGAGAACGGUGAUGUCUAUGGAGAUGAACAACUCUUGAGUUGGGCGUCACCACCCGACAUGUCCGAUAUUUCCUAUGCAAAGCUUCCUAUCUUGACCGAAAAUGUAAAAUGUCAUUCAGAAGUAGAAGGGUUCGUUCUCACUGCCAAGGACUUGAAAAAUGUAGUCUCUGAGUAUAAGUUACAGGGGAAGUACAUUAAUACGACCGUCGAUCUGGUGGUGGAAGUGGAUCGUUCUACGACUUCUUUCUCAAGAGGACCAUCAACAAUACCUCGCAACCGCAUUAAUCCUAGUCCACGGCCAGGCACUGACGGCGCGCGGGGAUGAGGAAACAGAAAUUGAAGUUUCAAAGUUCAAACAACUGAAAUGUCCCAUACUGUUUGGGAGAUUGGUUCAACGCACUCUUGAACCAUACUAUCAAACAUUGUAGAGUGUGAGAUAUUUUCUCGAGGUGUAACUGCUUUGUACAAACUGAUUAUUGCACUAGAAUUAGUGACAUAGUGCUUAGUCUUUU